AUGGAGAACAGCACAUCGUCCAAGACUCCCGUCGAGGCGAACAUCCCAUCUUGCGAAAGUUGUCCAACUGUUUGCGUCUACGAAUAUGACAAGAAGAAGCCUGGUUUCAAAGUUGGUGCAGUCGAAAGUUUGAGUCGUCGUCUUGAUGUUGUGGAAAGAGCGCUUUCCAUCAACCACGACACGGGCCCUUCACAUUUGAGCUUUAGUCCGGCGUCUUCUACGGGCUUAGGCGCCUUUUCUGACGCACAGCAACAAAAUGCAGCGCCUGUUCUUGGCGCGCUGUCUUCGCUGACAGAAGAGCUGCGUGGUCUGGCUUCGACGAUUGCUUCGACGCAAAGGCAUACCAUGCAGCAACCCGUCGAUGAUGAUGCCGUGUAUAGAAAGAGGCAGCGUACAGAUGAUCCUGACACCACCGGGACGACAUCAACGCCAAUGAGAGAAGCCCGCACUCGCCCACACGAUGAGAUUGUGUCAUUAUGGCACGAUGUGAUCGAUGCACACUUUCGUUUUGUUCAUCCCUGGAUUUCAAUUCUCCACGACCCGAGUGUUCGAAAGGAGCUACAUGUAGUACCCAGAAAGGAGCCCUUGCCGCUUGCUUUCCAAGCUAUGGUUGUGUCGUCACUACGGUUUGUGAGAAGGAACGGCGUGGGGUCGUCUGUGGGACUUCCAUGUUGA